CUUUCCAGGAGAUCAGGGACAACCAUUUUGGAUUCUACUCUGCAUUCCUAAAUCCCAAAUCUCAAUAGGCUGAGACUGACAUCCUAGAGCCUUGGCCAAGCCUCCCUCCGCCAUGGGGGUCCUGACCGGAUUAUUGCCGGGCAUCUUCCUGGCUUUGCUUGCCCUCCCUUCUGAAGGUGGAGUCCUAAAGAAAGUCAUUCGGCACAAGAGACAGAGUGCUGUGAACAUCUCCCUGCCGGAGGAGAACCAGCCAGUGGUGUUUAACCAUGUCUACAACAUCAAGCUGCCCGUGGGGUCCCAGUGCUCGGUGGAUCUGGAAUCAGCCAGUGGGGAGAAAGACCUGGCCCCACCCUCUGAGCCCAGUGGAAGCUUCCAGGAGCACACCGUGGAUGGGGAAAAUCAGAUCGUCUUCACACACCGCAUCAACAUCCCCCGCCGCGCCUGCGGCUGUGCUGCAGCCCCUGAUGUGAAGGAGCUGUUGAACCGGCUGGAGGAGCUGGAGGUCCUAGUGUCCUCCUUGCGGGAGCAAUGCACCAUGGGAGCUGGCUGCUGUCUCCAAUCUGCUGAAGGCCGCCUGGACACAAAGCCCUUCUGCAGCGGUCAUGGCAAUUUCAGCACUGAAGGGUGUGGCUGCAUCUGCGAACCUGGAUGGAAAGGCCCCAACUGCUCCGAGCCUGAAUGCCCUGGCAACUGUAACCUUCGAGGCCAGUGCCUCGACGGACAGUGCAACUGCGAUGAGGGCUUCACUGGUGAGGACUGCAGCCAGCUGGCCUGUCCCAGCGAUUGCAAUGACCAGGGCAGGUGCGUGAACGGGGUCUGCGUCUGCUUCGAAGGCUACGCCGGGGCCGACUGCAGCCAGGAGGUCUGCCCGGUGCCCUGCAGCGAGGAGCACGGGACAUGUGUGGACGGCCGGUGCGUGUGCCAGGAUGGCUUUGCUGGCGAAGACUGCAACGAGCCUCUGUGUCUCAACAACUGUUACAACCGCGGGCGCUGCGUGGAGAACGAGUGCGUGUGCGACGAGGGCUUCACGGGCGACGACUGCAGCGAGCUCGUCUGUCCCAACGACUGCUUUGACCGCGGUCGCUGCAUCAAUGGCACCUGCUACUGCGAAGAAGGCUUCACGGGCGAGGACUGUGGCCAACUCACCUGCCCCAACGCCUGCCAGGGCCGCGGCCAGUGCGAGGAGGGGCAGUGCGUGUGUGAUGAGGGCUUCGCGGGCGCGGACUGCAGCGAGAAGCGGUGUCCCGCGGACUGUCACCACCGCGGCCGCUGCCUCAAUGGCCAGUGCGAGUGCGACGACGGAUUCACGGGCCCAGACUGCGGGGAACUCAAAUGUCCCAAUGGCUGUAGCGGCCAUGGCCGCUGCGUCAAUGGCCAGUGCGUGUGUGACGAGGGCUACACCGCGGAGGAUUGCAGCCAGCAGCGGUGCCCCAGCGACUGUCACGGCCGGGGACGCUGCGUCCAGGGCAAGUGCGUGUGCGAGCAGGGCUUCAAGGGGUACGACUGCAGUGAAAUGAGCUGCCCCAAUGACUGCCACCAGCAUGGCCGCUGUGUGAAUGGCAUGUGCGUCUGUGACGACGGAUACACCGGGGAAGACUGCCGGGACCUUCGCUGCCCCCGGGACUGCAGCAACCGCGGCCGCUGUGUGGAAGGGAAGUGCCUGUGCGAGGAGGGCUUCACGGGCCCCGACUGUGCUGAGCUCUCCUGCCCCAGUGACUGCCACGGCCAAGGCCGCUGCGUGAACGGGCAGUGCGUGUGCCACGAGGGCUUCACAGGUAAAGACUGCAAGGAGCUAAGGUGUCCGAGCGACUGCCACGGCCAGGGCCGCUGCGAGGACGGCCAGUGCAUUUGUCACCAGGGCUUCACAGGCCCCGACUGUGGACAGCGAUCCUGCCCCAAUGACUGCAGCGAACGGGGACAGUGUGUCUCUGGGCACUGCAUCUGCAUCGAGGGCUACACCGGGGAAGACUGCUCAGAAGUGUCCCCUCCCAAAGACCUCAUUGUGACGGAAGUCACGGAAGAGACUGUCAACCUGGCCUGGGACAAUGAGAUGCGGGUCACAGAGUACCUCAUCAUGUACACACCCACCCACGCCGACGGCCUGGAGAUGCAGUUCCGCGUGCCCGGGGACCAGACAUCCACCACCAUCCAGGAGCUGGAGCCUGGUGUGGAGUACUUUAUCCGCGUGUUCGCCAUCCUGGAAAACAAAAGGAGCAUUCCCGUCAGCGCCAGGGUGGCCACCUACCUGCCUGCACCUGAGGGCCUGAAAUUCAAGUCCAUCAAGGAGACAUCUGUGGAAGUGGAGUGGGACCCUCUAGACAUUGCUUUCGAAACAUGGGAGAUCAUCUUCAGGAAUAUGAAUAAAGAAGAUGAGGGAGAAAUUACCAAAAGCCUGAGGAGGCCGGAGACCUCCUACCGGCAAACUGGUCUAGCUCCUGGGCAAGAAUAUGAGAUCUCACUGCACAUCGUGAAAAACAACACCCGGGGCCCUGGCUUGAAGAGAGUGACCACCACCCGCUUGGAUGCCCCCAGCCAGAUGGAGGUGAGAGAUGUCACCGACACCACAGCUCUGGUCACCUGGUUCAAGCCCCUGGCUGAGAUCGAUGGCAUUGAGCUCUCCUAUGGCAUCAAAGAUGUGCCUGGUGACCGCACCACCAUCGACCUCACACAUGACGAGAAUCAGUACUCCAUCGGGAACCUGAAGCCUGACACUGAGUACGAGGUGUCCCUCAUCUCCCGCAGGGGUGACAUGUCCAGCAACCCGGCCAAAGAGACCUUCACCACAGGUCUAGAUGCUCCCAGGAACCUCCGGCGCGUCUCCCAGACUGACAGCAGCAUCACCUUGGAAUGGAGGAAUGUCAAGGCAGCCAUUGACAACUACAGAAUUAAGUAUGCACCCAUCUCUGGUGGGGACCACGCGGAGGUCGACGUUCCCAAGAGUCAACAAACCACAACGAAAACCACACUCACUGGUCUGAGGCCGGGAACUGAAUAUGGAAUUGGAGUUUCCGCCGUGAAGCAGGACAAGGAGAGCGAUCCAGCAACCAUCAAUGCGGCCACAGAAAUUGAUGCACCCAGGGACCUUCAGGUUUCUGAAACAACGGACAACAGCCUGACCCUGGUCUGGAGGACACCAUUAGCCAAGUUUGACCGCUACCGCCUCAACUAUAGCCUCCCCACGGGCCAGGUGGCAGAGGCCCAGCUUCCAAGAAACACCACCUCCUAUGUCCUCAGAGGCCUGGAACCAGGCCAGGAAUACACCAUCCUCCUGACGGCUGAGAAGGGCAGGCACAGGAGCAAGCCCGCACGUGCCACGGCGUCCACCGAACAAGCCCCUGCACUGGAAAAUCUCACGGUGACUGAGGUCGGCUGGGAUGGCCUCAAACUCAACUGGACAGCCGCUGACCAGACCUAUGAGCACUUUGUCAUUCAGGUGCAGGAAGCCAACAAGGUGGAGGCCACUCAGAACCUCACGGUGCCAGGCAGCCUCCGGGCUAUGGACAUCCCUGGCCUCAAGGCCAACACCCCUUACAGAGUGUCCAUCUAUGGGGUGUUCCGGGGCUAUAGAACACCCGUGCUCUCUGCCGAGGCCUUCACAGGAGAAUCUCCCAAAUUGGGAGAGGUCACGGUAGCCGAGGUGGGCUGGGAUGCCCUCAAACUCAACUGGACUGCUCCAGAGGGGGCCUAUGAGCACUUUGUCAUUCAGGUGCAGGAGGCUGACACGGGAGAGGCAGCCCAGAACCUCACAGUCCCAGGAGGGCUGAGGUCCGUGGACCUGCCUGGGCUCAAGUCAGCCACACGCUAUAGCAUCAUCAUCCGCGGGGUCAUUGGGGACUUCAGCACAGCCCCUCUCUCUGUUGAAGUCUUGACAGAGGAGGUUCCAGAUCUGGGAAACCUCACAGUGACCGAGAUUAGCUGGGAUACCCUCAGACUGGACUGGACCACACCCGAUGGCAUCUAUGACCAGUUUAUCAUUCAGGUCCAAGAGGCUGGUCAGGUGGAAGAAGCUCUUAAACUCAUGGUUCCUGGCAGCCUGCACUCAGUGAAGAUCCCAGGCCUCAGGGCUGGCACCCCUUACACAGUCACCCUGCAUGGGGAGCUCAAGGGCCACACUACUCGACCCCUUGCUGCAGAGGUCACCACAGAGGAGCUCCCUCAGCUGGGAGACUUAGUCGUGACUGAGGUCGGCUGGGAUGGCCUCAAACUCAACUGGACAGCCGCUGACCAGACCUAUGAGCACUUUGUCAUUCAGGUGCAGGAAGCCAACAAGGUGGAGGCCGCUCAGAACCUCACGGUGCCAGGCAGCCUCCGGGCUAUGGACAUCCCUGGCCUCAAGGCCAACACCCCUUACAGAGUAUCCAUCUAUGGGGUGAUCCGGGGCUAUAGAACACCGGUGCUCUCUGCCGAGGCCUUCACAGCCAAAGAACCUGAAAUGGGAAACUUAAAUGUUUCUGACAUAACUCCUCAGAGCUUCAACCUCUCCUGGACAGCUACUGACGGGGCCUUCGAGAUCUUUACCAUUGAAAUUAUUGAUUCUAAUAGGUUGCUGCAAACUGCGGAAUAUAAUAUAUCUGGUGCUGAACGAACCGCCCACAUCUCAGGGCUCCCCCCUAAUACUGAUUUCAUUGUCUACCUCUCUGGACUUGCUCCCAGCAUUCGGACCAAAACCAUCAGCACCACAGCCUCCACAGAGGCCUUGCCCCUUCUGGAAAACCUAACCAUUUCCGACAUUAAUCCCUACGGGUUCACAGUUUCCUGGAUGGCAUCGGAGCAUGCCUUUGACAGCUUUCUAGUCACGGUGGUGGAUUCUGGGAAGCUUCUGGACCCCCAGGAAUUCACACUUUCAGGAACCCAGAGGAAGCUGGAGCUUAGAGGCCUCAUAACCGGCAUUGGCUAUGAGGUCAUGGUCUCUGGCUUCACCCAAGGGCACCAAACCAAGCCCCUGAGGGCUGAGAUCACUACAGAAGCUGAACCAGAAGUUGACAACCUUCUGGUUUCAGAUGCCACCCCGGACGGUUUCCGUCUGUCCUGGACAGCUGACGAAGGGAUUUUCGACAGUUUUGUUCUCAGAAUCAGAGAUACCAAAAAGCAAUCUGAGCCGCAGGAAAUAAUCCUCCUUGCCCAUGAACGUACCAGGGACAUAACAAAUCUCAGAGAGGCCACUGAAUACGAAAUUGAACUCUAUGGAAUAAGCAAUGGAAGGCGUUCCCAGCCAGUCAGUGCUAUAGCAACAACAGCCAUGGGCUCUCCAAAGGAGCUCAUCUUCUCAGACAUCACUGAAAACUCGGCCACUGUCAGCUGGACGGCACCCAUUGCCCAGGUGGAGAGCUUCCGGAUUACCUACGUGCCCAUAACAGGAGGUACACCCUCCAUGGUCACUGUGGAUGGAACCCAGACUCAGACCAGGCUGGUGAAGCUCAUUCCCGGGGUGGAGUACCUGGUCAGCAUCAUCUCCAUGAAGGGCUUUGAGGAGAGCGAACCUGUCUCAGGGUCGCUCACCACAGCUCUGGAUGGUCCAUCCAGCCUGGUGACAGCCAACAUCACUGACUCAGAAGCCUUGGCCAUGUGGCAGCCGGCCAUUGCCACUGUGGACAGUUAUGUCAUCUCUUACACAGGGGAAAGAGUGCCAGAAAUUACACGCACGGUGUCCGGGAACACGGUAGAGUAUGCGCUGACCGACCUUGAACCUGCCACAGAAUACACACUGAGAGUCUUUGCGGAGAAAGGGCCCCAGAAGAGCUCCGCCCUCACUGCCAAGUUCACCACAGAUAUUGAUUCUCCAAGAGAUCUGACUGCCACUGAGGUUCAGUCAGAAACUGCCCUCCUCACCUGGAGACCUCCCCGAGCGUCGGUCACUGGUUACCUCCUGGUCUAUGAAUCCGUGGAUGGCACAGUCAAGGAAGUCAUUGUGGGCCCCGACACCACCUCCUACAGCCUGGCAGACCUGAGCCCAUCCACCCACUACACAGCCAGAAUCCAGGCGUUGAAUGGGCCACUGAGGAGCAAGCUCAUCCAGACCAUCUUCACCACAAUUGGACUCCUGUACCCGUUCCCCAGGGACUGCUCCCAAGCCAUGCUGAAUGGAGACACGACCUCCGGCCUCUACACCAUUUAUCUCAAUGGUGACAAGGCCCAGGCACUGCAAGUCUUCUGCGACAUGACCUCUGAUGGGGGCGGAUGGAUCGUGUUCCUGAGACGCAAAAAUGGACGGGAGGACUUCUAUCGAAACUGGAAGGCCUAUGCUGAAGGAUUCGGGGACCGCAGAGAAGAAUUCUGGCUGGGGCUGGAUAACCUGAGCAAAAUCACAGCCCAAGGGCAGUACGAGUUGCGGGUAGACCUGCAAGACCAUGGGGAGACAGCCUUCGCCGUCUACGACAAGUUCAGCGUGGGAGAUGCCAAGACUCGCUACAGGCUGAAGGUGGAGGGGUACAGUGGAACAGCAGGUGACUCCAUGGCCUAUCACAACGGCAGAUCCUUCUCCACCUUUGACAAGGACACAGACUCGGCCAUCACCAACUGUGCCCUGUCCUACAAAGGGGCUUUCUGGUAUAAGAACUGUCACCGUGUCAACCUGAUGGGAAGAUAUGGGGACAAUAACCACAGUCAGGGUGUUAACUGGUUCCACUGGAAGGGCCACGAAUAUUCAAUCCAGUUUGCUGAGAUGAAGCUGAGACCCAGCAACUUCCGAAACCUCGAAGGCAGGCGCAAACGGGCAUGAAUUCCAGGGACAACUGGGUGAGAGAGGAGUAGGGCCCAGAGAAAGGAAAGGAUUUUACCAAAGCACCAAAACAACCAUCCAACCAUCAAGCACACCUGGGCAUCUGGCAAGAGUCAAGCUGACCCUGACCACAGAUCACAGAGAAACUGGCCUUCCCCACUCUGCGAUGACUUCCUCCACACCAAAGACGACAGUCUGCAACAGGUCUCCGCUUUGUGGUUCAAUUCAGCGAAAAUCUUCCAGUGGCAACAACACCCUGGUUUUACUUCUCUUGGGGGGGCUCUGGGAACGGGAGUGGGUAGGCUGUACAGUGGUAGUUUGUUCUAGAACCAGCCAUAUUUUACACAAAGCUGUAUAAUUAAUUAUCAUUAUUUUUGUUAGGAAAGAGAAAAUGUGUGUCAUGGGAAAUUGUCCCCCCCACCCCCCUUUAUUUUCCUUUUUACAUUUCAUCCAGCCAAAACCAGAAAAGCAAUACUGUUUCCCAUUUCAAGGAGAUGAUUAAUAUUAUUAAUAUAAUAAUGGUGAUGAUGAAAACUAAGGAUUUAUAAAGAGAUCCCCCUUUUCCAAACACAUCUGGACAGUACCUGAUUGUAUUUUUUUUUUAAUAAAAGCACAAGUACUUUUGAGUU